UCAAGUAUUGAGUAUCCUUCCGUCCUUUUACUGGUUUACUCCCUACUCGCGCCCAUUGCUCAGAGCAAACCAGGGAGAGAGAGAGAGAGUCCUUCCUAUUUCCUUUGCUCGAUUUCGAUAUAUAAGCUUGUUGCCGCCAUUCCUUCAGACGGUGAUUGGCAGGACAACCAGAAACCCAGCGCAUCUCUUCUUCUAUAAAAAUUCAAGAGAAGCACAGAAACGGAUAAUUCAGACGAAGGAAAGGAGCAUAUAUAUUGGCAUGAACUUCUCGCUCAUAUCAGACUUCUUCGGUUUUCUCCCACUUCUGGUCUGGUUCGAUAUGCUGGCAUAGGCACGAGAAGUCUCUUUCGUUGAUCUAUAAUGGUACUCGCAGCCUGCUCUGACAAUCUGAGCUUCUUCAUGAUAUUCUCAAUUAGGUGAUUUUUAUUCAAUUAGGUUUCAAGUUUAGUUCGGCAAACCCGAGAUUAAAAGGUCGAAACCUUUGCCUCUGAGAAUGGGAAAACCAGGGAGAGAUUGGACGCAGAUCUACGCGAUCUACGGCAUGGAAGAAUGGCAUACGUUAAUUUUCCUUUUAAUCCACGCGAUCCUCUUCUCCUUUUUCUCAGUGCUAUUCCUUAUCUACUUCAAUCCUCUCUGUUCGGUUUUCCAAUCUCUCUUCCCUGCUCUUCCCGCUGGAGCACCUCGCUUCAUCGCCGGAUUCACCGGCUGCGUCACGGCUCUCUCGGCCGUCUGUCUCUUCUUUGCUGCCGGCAACAUCUUCUACUCGUCCGUCUCCCUUCACUGGGACAUGGCCCAGCGGAUGAUCAACGUGGUUAGCGAUUGGUCAACGGUCAAAACAGCCCUAGACGUUGGAUGUGGCCGAGGCAUCCUCCUCAAUGCGGUAGCGCUACAGCUAAAGAAGGAAGGGAGUUCCGGGCGUGUCGUGGGCCUCGAUCCCCUGAAGACGGCAGUGGCCACACUACGGACGGCGCGGAUUGAAGGCGUCCAGGAGUACGUGACAUGUAGAGAAGGAGACGCCCGGAGGCUGCCCUUCGCGGAUAACUACUUCGACGUGGUGGUGUCGGCCGUGUUUCUGCACACGGUGGGCAAGGAGUUUGGGCAUCGGACGGCAGCGGCAGCGGCGGAGAGGAUGAAGGGGUUGGGGGAGGUGGUGAGGGUAUUGAAGCCCGGCGGGGUUGGAGUUGUAUGGGAUCUAGUGCACGUACCGGAAUACGUACAGAGACUGAAGGAGUUGCGUAUGGAAGACAUACGCGUGUCGGAGAGGGUAACGGCUUUCAUGGUUAGCAGCCAUAUCGUAUCGUUUCGGAAGCCAAUUCAACAGAUUGUGGGCUCGGCGGAGUAUAGGACGGAUUGGAGAUGCAACAUCUGUUAACUGUUUUUUUUUUUUCUUUUUAAUUUAGAAAAAAGAAAAAGAAAGAGAGACAGUGAGAAAACUAUAGAUCUGGGGAGGCGAAGUCGAACCAGAUUCGACAUAGAAAACAUGAGUAUAUUGAAAUGUAGAACAGGUGAUGCUAUCGUAC